GCUUCCUUUCAAAUUGUGCAAUUGCACUCGUAACAUCGUUAACGGAUUCCAGACGUAGCAGGGUAUUGAGAAACUCUGGCAAACAAUAGAACACCAUCAUUCAACAUAUAUAUUGUUGGCUCAAUAGGCAGCCUCGUGGCGGUUAGAUAUGUAAACAAGGAAUUUGAAACGCAAUACUCUCAAGACAAUGGUAGUCGAUUUUAGACCGGGCCGUGGCUGGAGUGUAUCUCCGCCGACGCAAUUCAUCCGUGGCGCAGUCUUGUUGUUUGUUUUAUCUUCUGGAAAAGACCGGUCAGGAGGCUGGCACUCUCGUUUAUUUCUGAAAAACUUUAACCUUCAGCUGUUUCAUAUAGAUUUCGACCUUAAUAGCUCUUAAAUAGUCUGAGUGGCCUACUCGGGACAGUUUAUAAUAAACGUUCCAGAGCUACGGAAAAGACAAGAACGCUCAACGGAGACGAUGGCAAGCAGCUGUGGACCCUUUCAUGCAGAGGCAUUGAGACGGCAGAGAGUAAUUGAUCGCAAACGUGCCGCCCUUGCCCGACUUGCUGUUCUUCAAGAGGAAGAAGAAGAAAACCGACGUCUUCAAACGAUUGCUUAUGAACAAGCAAAACAAGAAAGGCAUGCAGCUAAGAUGAGAGAACUUCAGGACCACUUAAACGAUGUCAGAGACGGUGUCUCUCACAAACCGUCGGCUGGCAAUUUUAGCCGCGUGGCGACUCAUCCCGAUUUGGUGAAUAAACACCGAGAAUAUGUUAGGCCUGCAACAGUGAUGGGAAUGCCGAGGUCAGCUUACAACGACAUCAAAGGAAAAGAGAAGAUUCUCCGUAACCAUAACUUAUAUCAAGCUCAUCCUAAAGUUCUGUGGAAUCUAAGACCGAAAUCCCAUCGCUAAAUAUAACGGAAAUAUUGCUAUGAAGAGAUUAUUAUGUUUAUAUAACUGUCAUGUUUAUUUGAUUAUUCGUUUGUAUGUAUGCCAUUAUUUUUUACAUUUCUAAAUACUGUAUUAUGUAACGUGAGUCCAUAUAAUUCAUUUCUCACAACUGUAAAUAAAGCCUAAAGGUGGGCAAGGUUUUUUGUGAAAAAGUACUCAAUUUUUUGGAAAGACCACAUCAUAUCUUUUUGAAAUUAAAUAUGUAAAAUAUCUCUAAUUGAAGACUUUUAAAGAAAUAUAUUAGAUGACAAAGUGAAAAUAUCAACUGACUAAAUUUAUUUAACGAAGCAAAGUAGUAAGUACGUUU